AUGACGAUUUCAAAUUCCAAGAUCCAGCUUUCAUUGGCCAUCACCGUUAUGAUGCUUUCAACAACUGAGGUGUUUUCCUUUACUCCUCCCACUCUGCGAAAACGACAAGUAAGUCUUCGAACGGAGACAAUGCUUUCGACUCCCUUCUUUGACAAGAGCGAUGGCAUGACCGAUCGUUCCGAGCUCGUGGAGGCCGAACAAUGGCUCGACGCGGCUGUCUCCUCUACCUUGAAGACUGGCGGCUUUGAUGAGUCCUCCUUCUUGGUGGGCAUAUUAGGUGAUUUGCACAUUGAUCCCCGUAAAAUGGAAGACUACGAAGACGGCAAAAAAGAUUGGAAACCCAUUUUUGAUGCUGCCCAGCUUGCCCACGGCAAUACCUGCCUGGUCAGUUUGGGAGACUUGGGGGAAUCCAAGAAUUGCGAUCACAACAAAGACAACCCAGCCGAGCUCUAUUCUGGUACGACCUUGUGUCAUGAAGUCGCGGCAGACUUUUUGAGCAACCUCGCACCGGGAAUACCAUAUGAAGUGAUUGGUGGCAACCACGAUCUCGAGGGAAUUGACGAAUUUGCUACUGAUGAAGAGAACUUGGAAGCCUUUAUGAAGGCUCACGGCAAGCGACGUCCACAGUUCUGUCAUCAAGUGGCUGACAAGACCUUGUUGGUCGGGUUGGGGUCCACCGUCUUUCGAGAUGCCCCUUACACUUCUCAUGAAGUUAUCAUCGAUCAAGCCCAAAUCGAUUGGUUUGAAGAUUUACUCAAGAAUCAUCCAGCCGAUGAAGAUUGGAAGAUCUUUGUGUUUACCCAUGCUCCACCGAAUGGAUCUGGACUCAGAAUCAUUCAAGAAAACCAUGUUGUCAAUGGCUGCUGCUGGCUGAACCAUUCGGAUGAAAGUCAAUGCAGAAAGUUCAUUGAACUUGUGAGAGAACAUCGGUCCAUCAAGGCUUGGUUCUCUGGUCACUUUCAUCUGGGUCAAGACUAUCAAGAUUCGAUCACAUUUCCCACCAUUCCUGUGGAAGAAGGACCCUAUCCCAAUCGAGGAUCUUGUGUCUUUGCCCAGACAUCGGUAAUUGGAAAGGGAACUUCGCGAGAUGGUCGCCAACAAUCUCGAUUGCUGAGAGGCAACAAGGACGGCUUUGAGAUCUGCACUGUCGACCACAAGGAGGGAGGCAAGAUUCGAUUGGAUGCCACCAUCACCUACAGUGACAAUUCGCAUGCAGUCGGAAUCUACAUGCAUGACGACGCAGCUUACGAGCAUGACAAUUAUUUCAAGGUCUACCAACCCGUUGAAGGCGAUCAGCAGUACGUCCGUGGAGCUGAUACCCAAGAAGUCUGUUCUAUCACCGAUAAUGAUCCAGUUACCAUGGACACCAAGGCUUGGUGGAGGUUGUCGAACAACAGAGUCUUGGGUGUCUUGAACGGCAUGCUACUUGAAUACGAUCAAUCGACCUUGGCACCUUUGGGACUGGUCUUGACCAAAGAAGAACUGUUAGGCAAGAGUAUCACAGUCGUGGACUCAGGCAUUGCUGAUUCUGACGAUAUGGAAGGAGACGAGUGCGAACGAGAACAAGCUGUCUUGGUUCACGACCUGGAAACCAAGCAGACUACUAUUGUUCAACCGAAUGAGGAUGGCUCGUAUUGGCGCAAAAUUGUUCGCAACAAGAUUGCUCGUAUGCAAGAAAAGCGACGAGAACAAGCGGCCAUCCAAUAUAUUCAAGAACGAGCUGGAUUGGAGGAGAAAGAAGCCAAGAAAGCGAUCCAAUCGACCUGGGGACCAUACACAACGACCUCUGGAAAUGCUCUUCAAAGUGCCUAA